AAUUUUCAUAAUAAAAAGCAUUUAAUAAAAACUAAUGUCUAUUAUGGAGGCGUAAGCUGUAAAAUAAAAAAUGGCGACCCAUGUGGUGUAUCUAAAUGGUACAAAAAACCUUGAUAAUUUGUUGGGAUUUCUCAAAGUAAAUUCAUCGUUAGUUAAGUUUGAUAAGAAGAAGAAUGUUGGAUUAAAUGAGGGUCCAGUCUACUUUGUUGAUGACAUCAAAAUAUCUGGACAUAAUACAGUGGCUAAAACAUUGGUGAAUUUAUCCGACCAUAAGUUUUUAUUGGGCCAGAAUGAAUUCGAACAGGCGGAAGUGGAUCAAUGGCUUGAUUUCUGUCAAUGUAAUCUCACUGGCGGUGACAGUUUGCAGACAAAAUCGAUCUGCAAGAAUUUGAAUGCUUAUUUAUCAGACAAAACAUAUUUUGUGAACGACACUUUGACACUAGCGGACAUCAUGAUGUGUUCGUACCUUCGAAAAGAAAUGGUCAGUCUAACUUGCGCUGAGAGAGAAGAACUGAUCAACUUAACAAGAUGGUAUAAUCAGAUGCAAAGUUUACCAGGACUUUUACAAAAAUCCAAGCCGAUUCUAAUUCAACGUACAUUGUUGUAUUAAAAAAAAUCAUUAAUGUUAAAUAUAUUUAUUACAUAAUUUUA